AUGAAACGAUUAUCUGAAGGACAAUUAAGAUUUUAUGUUAUUCAACAAUUACAGCUCAUAUCAUGGUUGAUCAUAUUUUUUAUUCUAAAAUCUAUCUCUCCUCUAAAACCUGCCCGACUUCCAAUUUAUCAAAGGAAACCCUUUAUAGCAGCUUGGAAUGCUCCGACAGACCAGUGUUUAAGAAAAUAUAACAUAAGACUAAAUUUGAAAAUGUUCCAGGUAAUUGGAAGCCCAUUGGCUAAGGCCAGGGGACAAAAUGUCACUAUAUUUUAUGUCAACAGAUUAGGAUACUAUCCAUGGUAUACCGCAAAGGGUGUUCCCAUUAAUGGGGGUCUUCCCCAGAACAUAAGUUUACAAGUACAUCUGGAAAAAGUUGACCAGGAUAUUAAUUAUUAUAUCCCCGCUAAAGAUUUCAGUGGACUUGCUGUUAUAGACUGGGAAUACUGGCGGCCUCAGUGGGCCCGGAACUGGAACACCAAAAAUGUCUACAAAGAGAAAUCAAGACAGCUUAUUUCCAACAUGCAAGAAAAUGUAUCAGCAAUUGAUAUUGAAUAUUUGGCCAAAGCAACAUUUGAAAGAAGCGCAAAAGCUUUCAUGAAGGAAACCAUUGAACUGGGAAUGAAAAGCCGACCCAAGGGACUUUGGGGCUAUUAUUUAUAUCCUGAUUGCCACAAUUACAACGUGGAUGGCCCCAAUUACACUGGGUCGUGCCCUGAAGAGGAAGUUUUGAGGAACAAUGAGCUGUCUUGGCUCUGGAAUAGCAGUGCAGCUUUAUAUCCUUCAAUUGGGAUAAGGAAAUCCCUUGGGGACAGCAAAAACAUUUUGCUCUUCUCACAGUUUCGGGUACAUGAAUCCAUGAGGAUCUCUACCAUGACAUCUCAUGAUUAUGCGUUGCCUGUUUUUGUCUAUACAAGGCUAGGUUACAGAGAUGAACCUUUGUUUUUUCUCUCUGAGCAAGACUUAAUCAGCACCAUUGGAGAGAGUGCUGCCUUGGGAGCUGCAGGCUUUGUAAUUUGGGGAGAUUUGAAUCUAACUUCAUCUGAGGGCAACUGUACAAGAGUUAAGCAAUUUGUAAAUUCUGAUUUAGGGAGCUACAUAGUCAAUGUGAGUCGAGCUGCUGAGGAUUGUAGCCUACACCUAUGCAGAAACAAUGGGAGAUGCAUAAGGAAGACAUGGAAAGCUCCAGAUUACCUUCACUUAAACCCAGCAAGUUACCACAUUGAGGUCUCUGAGGAUGGACACUUCAAUGUGAAAGGAGAAGCAUCUGAUACAGACGUGGCAGUGAUGAUGGAGAAAUUUUCUUGUCAUUGCUAUCAGGAAUAUGAUGGGGCUGAUUGCAGAGAAACAAAGACGGCUGAUGGCCACUCUGGGAUUUCCUCUUGUUCUGGCUCCCUAAUAACACUAUGUCUGCUGACUUUAACAGGCUUCCACAGCAUUCAGUUGAUAAAUAAUUAA